UUCAAACAAAUUCUUAAUCACCCAUUGUUAGCCACAACAACAGAGAAUAGUGAUCAAACCUCAUGGCGUCUCUUGCAACCGUCGCCGCCGUGAAACCAUCCGUCGCCGUAAAAGGUCUUGGCGGCAGCUCACUCGCCGGAGCCAAGCUCUCCUUCAAGCCUUCCCGCUUAAGCAUCAAAACCAAAUCAAUUCGGUCUGGUGGUGUGGUGGCUAAGUAUGGUGACAAAAGUGUCUACUUUGAUUUAGAAGACUUGGGAAACACAACAGGUCAAUGGGAUCUCUACGGCUCUGAUGCUCCUUCUCCUUACAACCCUCUUCAGAGCAAGUUCUUUGAGACAUUCGCUGCACCAUUCACAAAGAGAGGAUUGCUCCUCAAGUUCUUGAUCAUCGGAGGAGGAUCUUUGCUUACUUAUGUCAGCGCUUCCUCCACCGGAGAUGUUCUUCCCAUCAAGAGAGGUCCUCAGGAGAAGCCUAAGCUCGGUCCUCGCGGCAAACUCUGAUUUAGAUUUUCAUGCAUAUGUUUUGUUACCUUCUUUCCCCCUCUUUAUAAUCCCAUAAACAUUUCUCAAUACCGCAAACUCUUUUAAGUGAUUUUGAUUUUAUUGUAUAUUCUGUUUCUCUGUUA